AUGUCUUCAUCAAAUCCAACAAGUGCUUCACCUGGUCCAUCUUCAACUGUUGGAUCCACUCCACUAGUAGCAAAUGUUGGUGGAUCCACACAAUCACCACCCCCUAUUGUUGGAUCCACACCACCAGCCUAUCAAUCCACCCCUUCGCCCAUAAUUGCUUCUAAUGCAUCAACCCCUACUGAACCUGUUGCAGCAUCACCAUCUACACAUAUUCUAGGGACACAUUCAACUUCAGCAAUUAAUCAUAAUCAUGUGCAAGAUGAAGAGAAUGUACUGCACUCAGAGGAGGAGGUUCCCUCAGUUGGUGAUCGUCCUAUGAUUCGACCU